GCCAGAGCUAAGUGUUCAGUUACGUUAGUUGGAUUCUUGUUAAUCUUUGAGAAAUUUUGUUUUAUUUUAUUUUUUUUGAGAUAGUGUCUCACUUGAAUUCAGUGGCUUGAUCUCAGCUCAUUGCAACUUCUACCUCCUGGGUUCAAGAGAUUCUUCUGCCUCAGCCUCCCAAGUAGCUGGGACUACAGGCAUGUGCCACCAUGUGGGCUCAGCUAAUUUCUGUAUUUUUUGUAAAGAUGAGGUCUCAUUCAACAUGUUGCCCAGGCUGCUGUCUGGAACUCCUGGGCUCUGAGAUCCACCAGCCUCCUCCUCCCAAAGUGCUGGGACUGCUGGUAUGAGAAAUCUUAAGUUGUUGUUGUUUUUUAGUUUUUUUUUUUGAGAUUGAGUCUUGCUCUGUUGCCCAGGCUGGAGUCCAGUGGCGUGAUCUCAGCUUACUGCAACCUCCGCUUCUCAGGUUCAAGCAGUUCUCCUGCCUCAGCGUCCCAAGUAACUGAGAUUACAGGCACCACGCCUGGCUAAUUUUUGUAUUUUUAAUAAAGAUGGGGUUUCACCAUAUUGAUCAGGCUAGUCUCAAACUCCUGACCUCAGGUGAUCCACCUGCCUCCGCCUCCCAAAGUCUUAGGAUUAUAGGUGUGAGCCACUGCACCUGGCUGAGAAAUCUUGUUUUUAAAAGGAACAAAAUAGACAACUUUCUGAGACUCAUAUUCUAUCUUCUCUUGUAUCGUUCCCUGAUUUCCAGGAUGAACCCCAAGCUUCUGAGGAGCAGGGUCUGUGUCUUGCGUGUGCCUGGUGUCAAAUGCUCUGCGGCUGGUGUGUGAGGCCUGGGGAAGGGAGGAGCAGGAGCUGGGCCGGGAGAGCACUGCCGCCCUGCCAUACCCCACCUCUGGACUCCGCCAUGUCCCGCCAGUACCCAUGCUGCAUAAAACAAACUAUCAGGAAGUGGAGUCUACCAAAGUAACCGUCCUGGGAGCUCUCGGAUUCCAGCCGGAGAGCUGGCAAGUUGUAGCGGCACUGUGGAGACAUCCACCCCAGCUCUUACGCCUCCUCCUGCGGGGGCGGGGCGCUUGCAGAUCCCUGUGGUGGGAGUAAGGCCAUGCCAGAGCAGGGCAGGCAGCAAAGUGGGGACUUGUCACACAGCGGUGUGGUUUCUUUUCCGGUGGCGGGGAUGGGAGGGAGGUGGAUGCCACAGGCAUCUGGUAGGUCACCUCCCAAGCUCUCAAGCUCCCAUGCCUUGCUUUACAGGAGCAGGGGCUUGAAAACCUGGGACCUUAGAGUUGGUGUCCUGGAUCUGUACUGGCAGUUUUGUGGAUUUUUUUUAACCUUUUGCUGUUAAACAUAUGAUAUCUGUCUGGUAGAAGACACGGUAUAUGUGGAUGAAUUCAUCAGCGUAUUUGAAGCGAUUUGAAGGUGAACCACAUCAAGUUAGACCGGGUUCAGUAGCUCAGGCCUGUAAUCCCAGUGCACUGCGAGGCUGAAGUGGGAGAAUCACUUGAGCCCGGGAAGUCUCACCUGGGUGACAUAGCAAGGCGCCAUCUCUACAAAAAUCUUAAAAAAUAUAUUAGCUGGGUAUGGUGGUGCAUGCCACCACCUGUGGUCCCAGCUGCUUGGGAGGCUGACAUGGAAGGAUCGCUUGAGCUGAGGAGUUGGAGGUUACAGUGAGCUCUGAUGGCACCACUGCACUCCAGCCCUGACAAUGGAGCACAUAAAAGUAAGACCAUUUACUCUUGAGGGGAUUGAGGCAUCUUCUCUUACUUCUGAUUUUACAAUGACAGAUUGAUAAAAAACCAGAAUGGGUAGAAUUCACUGUUCAGUUCAUGUGAUUUCUUACCAGAAGAGAAAUCACCCUGCAGUCUAUCUCAGCAGCGUGGACAGAACACGGAGGAUGAGGGAAAGCAGAGCGGCAAAUUGGAGUUUGGAGCCAGGCGGGCACCCAGGUCUUUUCCUCUUUCCUUAAGGGGUUUCCUUCUCCCAGUUACCCCUUCAUGAAGGGAAAACGCUGUCUCAUGGGCAGGUGGACCACGCUGGGGGGCCCGCUCUCCUCUGGGUAUAUAGAGGCUGUCUUGGCAGCAGGGCCCAGGCUGCAAGAUGAAUGCGUGCAGGGGCUGUGGGCUGGCCUGGGAGAACAAAGCCAGGAGAGGGUACCAGUCCAGCCCUGCAGCCCGGCCCUGACCUUAGAUGGACAGCAGACAGUCACGUGCCACGUUUCUCUUCUGAAGUCUUACUCCUCCUUUCUUUGUGAUUUAAACAAUUUCUUCACUCCCACUUUUGUCCAAAUUCCUCAGACCAUACUCUUUGAAAUCUGAAGUAUGGAGAGGCAAUACCAGGGCCCUCCCCACCCACCUUCUGGCUUGGUAUGAGUAUCCUGUGCUUCAGCUGGGCCGUGUGCUAGAGAGCAUGGGGAGGAGUGUUCCCCAGGGAAAGGGGCAGGAAAGACCAGAGGUUAAAAAUAGGCAGCUUGUAGGACCUCCCUCAGGUCACACGUAGCCCUCUUGUGAUUCGCACACUUGGAGUAGAGCAGCUUUGGAACAGAGGAGAGGAAAGUCGGUCACCCUCACUUAAGCAUCACACGAAUGGCCGCUUUUCCUCUGUGUUUCGGGUAAGAAGAACUUUCCCCAGUCACCUGGUGGUUUUGGAUUUGUGUUUCCUGGUACUUUGGGGACGUAUCCACAUGUGUGCGCAGUGCCUGCGUCUGCAUGUGUGUGGCACUAAGAUGACUCAGUGUCGCAUGUGCUGAGACAUUCUGGGACGGCAGGUCAGUAUUCCCACAGAGGCUUGCCUGAGGGAUCUUUUGCACCUAUAAAGAUGUGUCCCAUUUAUAAGGUGGUUCCCUACAGUAAAUGAAAGAAUUCUCCUGGGCUGUGUGUGUGUGAAGUAAAUAAACAUGUGGGUUGUCAUUUCACACGGACGGUGUCCUGGGUGCAGGGCAGAGGGUCGGAAUGCAAGCUGAGCUGACUACUCUAAUACGGUCCACAAGCUAUGAGGCUGCUGCUGUUCUUUUUUGUUCUUUUAGGGAAUAGGGGUGCCUGCCCACCCCCGAAGCCAGGAAAAAGGUAGUCCUCUCUGGCCUCCUAGGCAGGUGGAGCUGCUCUGGUUAAAACUGGCAAGAGCAUCCUGUCUGUGCUCCCUGGGACAACCACAGGAGACUCCGGGAAAACCCCACCAAGGACUUGGCAGUGCCACCUGCUCUGAGUCAUUUGUGCCUUCUUGUGACACUCUCCUCACUUAAUACCCUGUUGUUCAUAGCGAGGAUUUCCUGUCCUGACUUUCCGUCUGAAUUUUGAAUAACUUGACGAGGUGAUUGCUUUCGGGUCCCUCUGGGCCCGUGUCUGCCCCUCCCUGUAACCUGACAGAGCAGCUGUGCCCUUCAGCUCCUGUGGGCCUGGGCCUGUGUGACCCACCUCAUCCCUUCUGUCUCAGUCUUCUGCUAAGCACAGCCUCUUCUCCCUCGUCCCUUCUUUCUCUGCUCUCUGGGCAGAAGAGAAGCCUUGGCAGUGGUCUUUGAUGUGGGAGGCUGGACUGGAAGGCAUCCUGGCUGGAGGAGGGAGGUCCAUGGUGGAAUCGGGGCAUGCGGGGGCUGUGUGGAGAGGGGCCCGCUGCCUUUACCAAGCCCCUUCCUCUCCCUGGGCAGUGGGGUGCGUGUUACCCCUUGCUCUCCACGUCUCAGGGAGAAGAAACCAGGUCCUCAUGUGAAUCCUGCUGUUUGACUUGGGGGACACCUGGGAGUGAAUGCUUGAAGGUCUUCCUGUCUGGUGCCUUUGUUUCAGGUUGUUUUUCUUUGAGGUGCCUUUUCUGCUCCCACAGGCCCUGUGCAGGGGUGCUCCGAGCCCACAGCGGAUGUUGGCAGCACAUGGGACCCUGGGGAGCUGGCCGAGGACCCUGCUUUCAGUCUGGGCCGGUCCCCAAGGUCCCCUCCUAGAUUUUCAUGUGCAUUAGUGGUCGAGGGCAAAGGGGGCCAGUGCCCAAGGUCCCCUCUAAAUUUAGAUUUUCAUGUGCAUUGGUGGUCGAGGGUGAAGGAAACGCAGGCCCUCGGGUGGCUUGCAGACUCAGUCUCUCAGCUGGCAGUCCUGUUAUACCACACUGAAAAGGGGAAAGAAAUACAGGAAUGGAGGCUUUCUUAUGGGGGCAGGUAGAGGCUGAAGUGGUGUGUGAAAGAGGACUUGAGGCUUUUCUCCUGGGAGUCAGAGAGAGUUGGACUUGACAGCACUCAGCCCUAAUAGGUAUAGACUGAGUCCAGCCCGAGGUAUUAGACCCCAUAUUUAUUGCCUUAAUCUUAAUUUUACACCUGGUCAUACUAUUUAAAAACAAAAACAAAAACAAAAGGUCCCCCUGUGUCUGAGUGAGACCUUCAUAUUUAGUGGCAUUUGAUAAUAUAUUUAUCAUUUCCAGUAAGUUUGAUGAUCUCAGAGGUGUGCAGUUAUGUUACUGGAAGUGAACAGUUCAGUGGUCCCCAGGAACUAUGGGGAGAACCCUGUUCCGCCUCAGCCUCUUCCCCCAUCUGCCGCUGUGGCCUGCUCCACCCUCAAAUGGCUGUUGGGGGACCCAGCAGCCUGCAUUCUCAACAUGUGCAGUCAUACCCUAUUUUCAGUUAAAAAUGCAGUUUCCCCCACCUGCCUUCCCCUAGAGCUGCACGUGAAAGGGUGUAGUGCCCUUCUCUUGAAACCUGCCUGUCUCUCCAGCCCUUCAUUGGUUGGGUGCAUGUGCUCCCUGCUGCCCAGCACUGCUAGGUUCCCAGGAAGCUGGUACACACUGAAACUCUGCAUGGAAUGUUGCCCUUGUGCCAUUAGCAGAGCGGAGGCUGUGUCGGCUCUGCUCUCCCUGCCUCCGACCUCAUUGUUCGGGACUUAAUGUAAUAAUAUGCUUGAACAGGCGGGAGAUCACAUUAGCUUGGCUCUGCAGUUGUAAACAAUAUUUGCUCUGUGAGUGUUCUCCUUCACCCCCUGCUCUCCUGGAACCCUGCGCCUUCUCCCACUGCCACCCCCUCUCUCAUUGCGUAUUCUAUCUAACCUCGGCUAAAACAGCUUCAUUCAUGAGAUGGCCAGUGUUUUCUGGGAGAAAAGUUGCGGAAAAUAAUCAAGUCCCAAGAACCUCUAGCUGUGAUGCACAAGGAAACACUGGUUUCUCCGUAGAAGUUGUAACAAUGUCCAUGUCAACCAGUCUCUUACAGGAAUGGGACCCUGUUUGAAAAGGCACACACGCACACACGCAGUCAGAUAACAGUCAACAGCUUUCCUAAAGCUCCAACUCUGUCCUUGGCCGGGAGCGCUGGGCAGGUGUGACUGACCACCUUCUGGGACAGAGGCUUCCACUGUCAGUGUCGCAGGGGUGGGAGGCAGAGAGGGCAGGAGCCCAGGUGCAGCCUUGGGGUGCCUGUUUUUCUCCAUAGAAGGGUUUUGUCCUCUGCUUCUCAGUCUCUUCUAUGGUUUCAAGCAGGAAAAGAUCUAAGAAAACCCCCACCUCACACCUGCACUGCCCUUUGCAAUUUAACGAUCGCAGUGGUUGGUUUCACAGACGAAACCUGCUCCACCUUCUCUGUGCUGAUUGGUGGCUGAUGAUGUCAUGGCAUAAAGCUCAAACCGAUUGUUUUCUCUAUGGGACAGGCCCCGAAACAGCAGACAGCAGAGCUGUUGCUCUUUUGUUCCCUCCAGUUGAGGCUAUCAAACAAGAUGGAGAGGUGGGAGCAGAGCCAUGGCUGCGCAUCACCUGAUCCUGUUCGUAAAGCUCAGCCUCGCUUUCGCACCUAGAGUAGAAGCACUGCUCACAUCAGGAAAAACCCUUUGUUUUUCACGACAGCAACAAUACUUUUUGCACUGGAGAUAUUUUGCCUAUCUGCUUAAAUCUUCUCUGUUAAGAGAAGGAUAGAUGCAGCGGGAUACGUGGCUCAUGCCUGUAAUCUCAGCACUUUGGGAGGCUGAGGUAGGAGCAUCACCUGAGGUCAGGAGUUGAGACCAGCCUGGCCAACAUGGUGAAACCCCAUCUCUACUAAAAAUACAAACAAUUAGCCGGGUAUGAUGGUGGUUGCCUGUAAUCCCAGCUGCUCGGGAGGCUGAGCUGGGAGAAUCGCUUGAAACCUGGAGGCAGAGGUUGCAGUGAGCUGAGAUCUGCCGUUGCACUCAAGCCUGGGCAACAAAGUGAGACUGUUUCAAAAAGAAAAAGAGAGAAGAAUUGAUGCAAUUUCAAGGAAACCUCUUCUACUGGCCCAAGGAAGAGGAGUUGAUUUCAAGGAAAUAAAAAAUAAUCAGAAAAAUGUCCCUCGGUUCCUGCAGAGCUUGGGAAUUCUUCCUGCCGUCAGCAUGUGUCCAUCCUAGAAGGGAACUGUGGUUCGUAGCAGUGGCUCUGGUGUGUGAGUUCAGCGCUGCCUGUGGUCUCAAGGGCCUGAGGGCAGAAGCUGCUCAGUCAGGUGUUCUUUCACCUUGGGCUUUGCUGGGUCUGCUGUGCUGCAGAGAGGACAGUGGCGCUGCUGGGAAUUCGGCAGAGCAGGCCUGGCCCGGGUCUCUUAGGGCAGCACCCAUCAGGCUGAAGCCCUCUGGGAUGGCCGUGGUUGACACUGUGGGCCUGGCUCACCAGUCAUCUCUAGGUGCUGGUCAUCUGUAGCUGCUCAGAACCUCCAGAAGCCCAGCGUGAGGCCAGGCUCUGUCAGAGGGCCCCCACAGUGUCCCUGCAGCAGUCCUGCUCAGGAAACUCUCUUUUCAUCAGGGAUCUGCUGGCGACUGUCUUCAGACUCGGUGAGGUCUCUGAGCAUCUGAAAGCCGCUCUCCUUAGAUGUUACAUAUGAUUGUUGCCACUUCAUGCCCAUGGAUCCGCACAGACCUUAACAGCUGCUUCUGGAAAGCUUGGCUGGUAAAGCCACACCACUAGGCUAAGUGGAGGAGGCGAGGCAUGUCUGACGGGGCGGUACAGGCAGAGGACUGGAUGAGCGUCCCUCCCAAGCCGCAGAGCUGCUCUGGUGGGACUGGGCUUCAUAGGCCCUUCUGGAGCACCCUGGGCUUUGAUUUGUUGGGCGAGAGGAAACUCCACAGCUGGCUGGACAGCCACAGUCUCUUGCUGCAUGGACGGACUUCCUUCGCCCACUUGGCUGCCCUUAAUUCUGUGCCUCCUUGCAAGCAUACAAUCACUGGGCUGUCUUUAGCCAUGUUGCUGUGUGGCUACACCUCUGGAGAGACAGAAUGUUACAGCUGGUUCACAUUUUCCUGAACAAAACAGACACGCCCAGAGACGAGGCAGGUCGUUUCCUGGAGUGCUGUGUGUGUGGCGGGCGCCUCUCCUGGUCGUCGUGCUCUUGCCACACAGGUGCUUGACGUGCAGAUUAACGUGACAGUGUCAGGUGGACCCACAGCCAUCCCACUGCCUGCUGUGGGGAGUGCUGAGAGUGGGCAGCAUGGAGGAGAGGAAGCAUGAGACCAUGAACCCAGCUCAUGUCCUCUUUGACCGGUUUGUCCAGGCCACCACUUGUAAGGGAACCCUUAAGGCCUUCCAGGAGCUCUGUGACCAUCUGGAACUGAAGCCAAAGGACUACCGUUCCUUCUACCACAAGCUCAAGUCCAAGCUGAACUACUGGAAAGCCAAAGCCCUUUGGGCAAAGUUGGACAAACGGGGCAGUCACAAAGACUACAAAAAGGGAAAAGCAUGUACUAACACCAAGUGUCUCAUCAUUGGGGCUGGCCCCUGUGGUCUCCGCACAGCCAUCGACUUAUCCUUACUGGGGGCCAAGGUGGUUGUUAUUGAGAAACGAGACGCCUUCUCCCGCAACAACGUCUUACAUCUCUGGCCAUUCACCAUACAUGAUCUUCGAGGUCUGGGUGCCAAGAAGUUCUAUGGCAAGUUCUGUGCCGGAGCCAUCGACCACAUCAGUAUCCGUCAGCUCCAGCUGAUACUUUUGAAAGUAGCCUUGAUCCUAGGCAUUGAAAUCCACGUCAAUGUGGAAUUCCAAGGACUUAUCCAGCCUCCUGAGGACCAGGAGAAUGAACGAAUAGGCUGGCGGGCACUGGUGCACCCCAAAACUCAUCCUGUAUCAGAGUAUGAAUUUGAAGUGAUCAUUGGUGGGGAUGGUCGGAGGAACACCUUGGAAGGGUUUCGUCGGAAAGAAUUCCGUGGCAAACUGGCCAUUGCCAUCACAGCAAAUUUUAUCAACCGAAAUACAACAGCAGAGGCCAAAGUGGAAGAAAUCAGUGGUGUGGCUUUUAUAUUCAACCAGAAAUUCUUCCAGGAACUGAGGGAAGCCACAGGUAUUGACUUGGAGAACAUCGUUUACUACAAAGACGACACACACUAUUUCGUUAUGACAGCCAAAAAGCAGAGUUUACUGGACAAAGGAGUGAUACUGCAUGACUACGCCGACACAGAGCUCCUGCUUUCCCGGGAGAACGUGGACCAGGAGGCUCUGCUCAGCUAUGCCAGGGAGGCGGCAGACUUCUCCACCCAGCAGCAGCUGCCCUCUCUGGAUUUUGCCAUCAAUCACUAUGGGCAGCCCGAUGUGGCCAUGUUUGACUUCACUUGUAUGUAUGCCUCCGAGAACGCUGCCUUGGUCCGGGAGCAGAACGGACACCAGUUACUAGUGGCUCUGGUCGGGGACAGUCUCCUAGAGCCUUUCUGGCCCAUGGGAACAGGAAUAGCCCGGGGCUUUUUAGCUGCUAUGGAUUCUGCCUGGAUGGUCCGAAGUUGGUCUCUAGGAACAAGCCCUUUGGAAGUGCUGGCGGAGAGGGAGAGUAUUUAUAGGUUGCUGCCUCAAACUACCCCUGAAAAUGUGAGUAAGAACUUCAGCCAAUAUAGUAUCGACCCAGUCACUCGGUAUCCCAAUAUCAACAUCAACUUCCUCCGGCCAAGCCAGGUGCGCCAUUUGUAUGAUACUGGCGAAACAAAAGAUAUUCACCUGGAAAUGGAGAGCCUGGUGAAUUCCCGAACUACCCCCAAGUUGACUCGAAAUGAGUCUGUAGCUCGUUCAAGCAAGCUGCUGGGCUGGUGCCAGAGGCAGACAGAUGGCUAUGCAGGGGUAAGCGUGACAGAUCUCACCAUGUCUUGGAAAAGCGGCUUGGCCCUUUGUGCAGUCAUCCAUAGAUACCGCCCCGACCUGAUAGAUUUUGAUUCUUUGGAUGAGCAAAAUGUGGAGAAGAAUAACCAACUGGCCUUUGACAUUGCCGAGAAGGAAUUGGGCAUUUCUCCCAUCAUGACAGGCAAAGAAAUGGCCUCCGUUGGGGAGCCUGAUAAGCUGUCCAUGGUGAUGUACCUGACUCAGUUCUACGAGAUGUUUAAGGACUCCCUCCCCUCUAGCGACACUUUGGACCUGAAUGCCGAGGAGAAAGCAGUCCUGAUAGCCAGCACCAGAUCCCCUAUUUCCUUCCUAAGCAAGCUGGGCCAGACCAUCUCUCGGAAGCGUUCUCCCAAGGAUAAAAAGGAAAAAGACUUGGAUGGUGCUGGUAAGAGGAGAAAGACCAGUCAGUCAGAGGAGGAGGAAGCUCCCCGGGGCCACAGAGGAGAAAGACCGAGCCUGGUGAGCACUCUGACGGACAGGAGGAUGGACGCUGCCCUUGGGAACCAGAACAAAGUGAAGUACAUGGCAACCCAGCUGCUGGCCAAAUUUGAGGAGAAUGCACCCGCCCAGUCCAUUGGCAUCCGGAGACAGCUGACACAAGAGCGUGGGGCCAGCCAGCCGUCCUGCUGCCUGCCUGGGCAGGGUCGCCCUGUCCCCACACCCCAGUGGAAACAGCCACGGGAAAAGGAGUGUUCUCGGACCUGCCCCAAAAAAGUGAUCACCCUGUCUCCUUCCCCUACUCCACCUCCCUGUCGGGCGCACGGUGGCCAGCAGACAUACAGGGAUCUUGAUGCUGACAGCCGUGGCAAGCAGAGCCCCCACCAUGAGAGGCCAGAGCCUGAACCUCCUCGUCGAUUUUUUGUCGACCAGUGGGAGCUUUCUCUUAGCCUCCGCUCUUCCGCCCGCCCUGCCUCUCCCUCCUCCGACUGCCUCCGACAGAAGUAUAUAAAGAUGUACACAGGCGGAGUGAGCUCAUUGGCUGAGCAGAUAGCCAAUCAGCUUCAAAGGAAAGAGCAGCCCAAAGCCCUUCUAGACAAGAAGGAACUGGGCUCCAUGAAGAAGGAGUUCCCGCAGAACCUGGGAGGCAGCGACACUUGCUACUUCUGCCAGAAGCGGGUCUACGUGAUGGAGAGGCUGAGUGCCGAGGGCAAGUUCUUCCACCGGAGCUGCUUCAAGUGCGAGUACUGCGCCACCACCCUGCGCCUCUCAGCCUACGCCUACGACAUCGAGGACGGUAAAUUCUACUGUAAGCCACACUACUGCUAUCGGCUCUCUGGCUACGCACAGAGGAAGAGACCAGCGGUGGCUCCCCUGUCUGGACAGGAGGCCAGAGGACCCCUGAAGGAUGGUCCCACCACAGACGCAACCGGACGGGCCAACGCGGUGGCCGGCUCAACCGAGAGAAGCGCAGGUUCAGGCGUGAAUGGCCUGGAGGAACCCAGCAUCGCCAAGCGGCUGAGGGGCACCCCGGAGCGGAUCGAGCUGGAGAACUACCGCCUGUCCCUGAAGCAGGCCGAGGCGCUGCAGGAGGUGCCCGAGGAGACGCAGGCCGAGCACAACCUGAGCAGUGUGCUGGACACGGGCGCCGAGGAGGACGUUGCCAGCAGCAGUUCCGAGUCUGAGAUGGAGGAGGAGGAAGAGGAGGAGGAGGAGGAGCCUCGCCUGCCCCCCUCUGACCUGGGCGGCGUUCCAUGGAAGGAGGCUGUGCGGAUCCACGCCCUUCUGAAAGGGAAGAGUGAAGAGGAGCUAGAGGCCUCAAAGAUCUUUGGGCCUGGGAAUGAAGAGGAGGAGGAGGAGGAAGAGGAGGAGGAGGAGGAAGAGGAGGAGGAGGAGGACUAUGAGGAGGAGGAAGAGGAGUCCAGUGAAGCCGGGAACCAGAGGCUCCAGCAGGUCAUGCACGUGGCGGAUCCUCUGGAGAUCCAGGCCGACGUGCACUGGACUCAUAUCCGUGAGAGGGAGGAGGAAGAGAGGAUGGUGCCGGCCUCCGAGUCCUCUGCUUCCAGAGGUAACCACGCCCAGCCCCCGGCCGCAGUGCCCCGAGCACCGCCCGCCUGCCACCUCUGUGGCCUUUCUGUCAGGCAGAGCCCCCGUGAGAUCAAAGCCCCAUUGGAUGAGAAUGACCUAGAGGAAGAUGUGGACUCGGAACCAGCUGAGAUAGAAGGGGAAGCAGCAGAGGAUGGGGACCCAGGGGACACCGGUGCUGAGCUGGAUGAUGAUCAGCCCUGGGCCGACAGCCCGUCGGAGGCCGACAGAGAGCUGCAUUUGCAGCGCCCGGCCAACGGGGAGGAGCCAGAGCUGAGGGCACCAGAUGAUGAGGAGAAGCCCAUCUCACCAAAACAACACAAGAGAGGUCCCUUCCAAGCCACCAGCCCCAUCCGGUCCCCUCAGGAAUCAGCUCUUCUGUUCACUCCAGUCCACAGCCCCAAAACAGAGGGGUCCCGACUUCCACCUGUUCCUGCCACCACCCAGGAGAAACCACCCAAGGAGCGCUUUUUCCCUGAGCCUUUGCUUCCCAAAGAGAAGCCCAAAGCUGACACCCCUUCAGAUCUGAGAGCUGUGCACUCUCCCAUCCGAUCCCAGCCAGUGGCCCUGCCAGAAGCCAGGACUCCUGCCUCACCAGGGAGCCCACAACCCCCGCUACCCCUGGUAGCCUCCACACCCCCACCCAGCCCGCUCCCCAUCUGCUCCCAGCCCCAGCCUUCCACUGAGGCCACCGUUCCAUCCCCUACCCAGUCCCCCAUUCGCUUCCAGCCUGUCCCAGCCAAAGCAUCCACCCCACUUGCCCCUCUCCCUGUCCAAAGCCAGGGUGACCCUAAGGACAGACUGGGCAGCCCCCUUGCUGUGGAUGAGGCCCUCAGACGGAGCGACCUGGUAGAGGAGUUCUGGAUGAAGAGUGCAGAGAUCCGCCGCAGCCUGGGGCUCACACCUGUGGACCGCAGUAAGGGGCCCCAACCCAGCUUCCCCACGCCUGCCUUCAGGCCAGUGUCCCUCAAGUCCUAUUCCAUUGAAAAGUCCCCCCAGGAUGAAGGACUCCACCUCCUCAAGCCUCUGCCUGUCCCCAAAAGAAUGGGCCUGCCAAAGCUUGAGGGUGAGCUCCUGUCCCUGCCGCCACCCCGGUCCCCAUCCGACAGGGAACUACACAGUGCCCAGGAGGAGCGCAGGGAGCUGUCCAGCAGCUCUGGCCUGGGCCUGCAUGGGAGCUCCUCCAACAUGAAGACACUGGGCAGCCAGAGCUUCAACACCUCGGACUCGGCCAUGCUCACGCCACCCUCCAGCCCGCCCCCACCCCCGCCCCCGGGUGAGGAACCUGCCACCCUGCGGAGGAAACUCAGGGAGGCCGAACCCAACACCUCGGUAGUCCCACCACCCUCGCCUGCCACAUGGAUAAGGCCCCCCCGGGAGCCUACCCAGCCCCACAGAGAGGAAGUGCGGAAAUCUUUCGUGGAGAGCGUGGAGGAGAUCCCCUUCGCUGACGACGUGGAAGACACCUACGACGACAAGACUGAGGACUCCAGCCUGCAGGAGAAGUUCUUCACGCCCCCGUCCUGCUGGCCGCACCCCGAGAAGCCUCCCCACCCAUCCGUGGCCAAGGAGAACGGGAGGCUGCCUGCUCUGGAGGGGGCGCUGCAGCCACAGAAGAGGGGGCUGCCCUUGGUCUCCGCCAAAGCCAAGGAGCUGGCCGAGGAGCGCAUGCGAGCCAGAGAGAAGUCCGUGAAGAGCCAGGCACUGAGGGAUGCCAUGGCCAGGCAGCUGAGCAGGAUGCAGCAGAUGGAGCUGGCCACGGGUGCCCCCAGGCCACGCAAGGCGUCCUCGGCACCCUCCCAGGGCAAGGAGCGCCAGCCCGACUCCCCCGCCCGCCCCACUCUCAGGGGCUCUGAGGAGCCCACCCUGAAGCAUGAAGCCACCAGCGAGGAGGUCCUCUCCCCACCAUCGGACUCGGGGGGGCCAGAUGGCUCUUUGACUUCAUCUGAGGGCUCCAGCGGGAAGAGCAAGAAGAGGUCGUCACUCUUCUCCCCCCGCAGAAAUAAGAAGGAGAAAAAGUCCAAAGGUGAGGCCCGGCCCCCGGAAAAGCCCAGCCCCAGCCUUCCAGAGGAAGCCGCCACCAAACCCAAGUCCCUGUGGAAAUCGGUCUUCUCCGGGUACAAGAAGGACAAGAAGAAGAAGGCCGACGACAAGUCCUGCCCCAGCACCCCCUCCAGUGGGGCCACAGCGGACUCGGGCAAGCACAGGGCACUGCCCAUCGUGAGGGCAGAGCUGCAGCUCCGGCGCCAGCUGAGCUUCUCCGAGGACUCGGACCUCUCCAGCGACGAUGUCCUUGACAGGUCCUCGCAGAAGUCCCGGCGAGAGUCGAUUUAUGUACCACACGCCUUGGCAUUCAGGAGAUCAUAUGCAUCAAAGCCAAGAACCUACACAGAGGAGGAACUGAACGCCAAGCUGACCCGGCGUGUGCAGAAGGCAGCUCGGAGACAGGCCAAGCAGGAGGAGCUUAAGAGGCUGCAUCGAGCCCAGAUCAUCCAGCGGCAGCUGCAGCAGGUGGAGGAGAGGCAGCGGCGGCUGGAGGAAAGGGGCGUGGCCGUGGAGAAGGCGCUCCGGGGCGAAGCAGACUAUUGGGGAGAGUCUUAUUACAGUGACCUCAUCGACUUGCAUCUAGGUGUUGAGCCCAGUGGCGGGACUCCACGGCGUAGACCUCUCUCCUUCUGCCCUUGCUGUGUCCAGGAAGGCAUGGGCAAGAAGGACGACCCCAAGCUGAUGCAGGAGUGGUUCAAGCUCGUGCAGGAGAAGAACGCCAUGGUGCGCUACGAGUCGGAGCUGAUGAUCUUUGCCCGGGAGCUGGAGCUGGAAGACCGACAGAGCCGACUGCAGCAGGAGCUCCGGGAGCGCAUGGCAGUGGAAGAUCACCUUAAGACUGAGGAGGAACUGUCAGAAGAGAAGCAGAUUCUCAAUGAGAUGCUGGAGGUGGUGGAGCAGAGAGACUCGCUGGUGGCACUGCUGGAGGAGCAGCGGCUCCGGGAGAGAGAGGAGGACAAGGACCUGGAGGCUGCCAUGCUGUCCAAGGGCUUCAGCCUGAACUGGUCCUGAGCUCCCACCCAGUGCUCUGUUUGCUGUUGGCAUCCGCCUAGCCGGUCAGUGGCCUCCAAACCACCUGGAGCCGCAAACUCCUUGGAGUUUUUCGCUCAGUGCCAUGUGCUGCUUGGAAAGUGGCCGAGUCCCGUGUGCGAUGGGGAGCCCCAGGUGACGGUGGUUAUCUGAGACGGCUCCACCUCCUGGAAGGAGGCCCACCUGGACCUCCUGCUCAGGGGAGGAGUACGGCCUGUGUGGCAUGAUGCAGGGGACCCCGCACGCUCCGAGGACACGCUGCUGUGCCCCUUUCUGCCACUGGCACAUUUGGUAAGAGAGAGAAGCUGCUCCCAUCAGAACCACAGCUUGCUGCCACAGCAUGGGAGGGGCACUGUCUUCUUCCUGCUUCCUGGAGCACCACCAAAGAAGUGAAAAUGAUACGCCACAAGAGCAGGGUGCGACCGAGACCCAGGAUGGGGAGGUCACCAGCUAUGCCUACCCCAGCAUCACAGGAGACAUGGAGGUGCGUGCAGGCUCUGGAAUUGAUCAUGCAGAUUAGGAGGAUGCAGGAGAGGUCCGCUCCCCGGCCCAGCACCAUGCUGGAACCUGAGUGGCCAGAUGCCGGUGCCUCUGGCUGGCUGUGGCCUGAGGCCUGUGGGUGGCUGCAUUUUGCUUGUAGUUCACAACCAUUCUGACACUGGAAAAUGCUGACCUUGGGGGACGGGAUGAGGCCCUACAUUCUAAGAGCCCAGUUGGCAGACAGGCACUGUCCCUGCUCCACACUUUAUGUCGGGGAAGAGAUGACCUUUUCCUCGUUUUUUUCCCAUUUGCACAUUGAAAUGAAGCUGAUAACCUGGCAGGACGCUCAGCCGCUUUGGAUCUCUUCUGUCAAUUAACUUAUUUUUUUAAUACUUGAAAAGAAGUCACUUCAUCUGUGUAUAUUUACCAGAGACACUGAGCACCUGGCUCCCGGGUGCAGGAGCCACAGCGGCAUCUGCUGCAUCCUGCGCAAUCCGGCCCGGGGCUGCCCGGCGCUCACCAUGUGCAUCUAUUUAUUAGCCUUUCUCUUCAUGUCACUGGCCCGGCUGGCAUCAGGGAGCUUCCCAGGACCCCGAACGGGUACUGCUCACAGCUUUCUGUCCCCUCCUCCUCCCGGUGCCUGCCUCACCCUGGCGCUAGACCAUCUGGACUGCUCGUGUGAUGAGGGCGCGUUUCCGUUCUGUUUUGGGCCAAGCCAAUGGCAGAGCUACUGCUCUCACCCUCCCAAUGGGAAUCCUGGCUCUGCAGAACCCAUCCUUUUCUCAGUGUGGGUGCCAGGGCAUCACCUCCCUCCACACGUACGUUAAAGAAGGUUUCAGGGUGAGACUGUGGAAUCAUGUGGCUGGUGAGAAUCCCCUCCGCCCAGCCUGAGAUUCACCCAGAUGGAAACGCCCGGGCUGCAGUGGGUGAUGGGGUGUCGGCUGGCCUUUUUUGAGCAGAUAAGCGAUCCUGCCCUCCCUUCUGCGGCGGACGGGCACCUGCCUUGUGCCAGAUCUUCAGGGGGCCAUAAAGGGUGAUGAGCCCCAAAUCACUAGCUCCUACAGCCAAACCGUUCCACCCCAGCCUGGCUCUGUACAGCGCAUGAAGCCACUGAGAUAAUCGGGGGUGGGGUGCUUCUCCAUCAGAGCAGUUAGCAUAUAGCCCAGGAAGGAGCCACUGGGCCAGUCCCACCUGCAAGGGGCGCUGCAGCUGCCUGCGCCUCCCGUGGGCUGGGGCCAGCAGGGGCUGGGGGUGUGGCCUCCCGGGGCAUCCUGCGACAGCAGGCCGAGGGGCCGCACUGACUUUGGGCUUUCCGUGGGAACCACUGUGCCUCAACUUCAACAUUCAUCCCCAACUGCAAAGGAGCAGAGAGCCCGUCUCCUCCUCUGUCCAGAAGCUGUGUCUUUCUCCCGUGCACAUCCAGGAGGUGCGCUGCCAGUGGCCACCACAGCUCUGACUUUUCCACCUCCUGUUCUCACAUGAGGCAAAGGUCUCCCUUUUCUCUUUACUUAAAAACGAAGAGAAGAGCGUUCUAGAAGAUUCCAUCUUCAAACCCAGUCUUCCCAUAAAAUUGGACGUGGGGAAGGACCUUCACUGCCUGCGUGGUCCUUCCCGGAGCCCUCCUCUCGAAUGCCACAAAACCGACCCGCCCCAGCAGAGGCGCCCUCAGCCCUUGUGGCUCCUGCUGACCCUCCCCACAGGGAAGCUGUCUGCACAGUGGCUCCGAAGGAGUGUGGCCUAGGGAUCCUCUGUAAGUGGCCUGAUAUAGCAGCAGAGCCCAGCGUCACCUUCUGGUCUUCGUCAGCCUUAACCCUGGCACCCUCCACAGCACACACGACAGCCUGCAGUCUAGAAAGCGGACCCGAGCCUUCGCAGAGGCGCCAUAGAGCCUCAGGCUUGCGCAGCAUCACCCAGCCUUCUGCUCCUGACUGCGAGGACGUCGGUUCUUGUAGAGCACUUUUUUAAAGCUCCCAUUUUGUAACCACUAGUGUGCAGUUGGCUUUAGUACUCUGGUGACUUACCGCAUGAAGCGUUUUCAAACUGAGAAUGCGUGCAGCUCCAGGCAGGUCUUCUUCCUGAGAGUUCGGUCUUCUCUUGAAGUCAGGGAAGCAGGAGGGAUACACAUAUAUCACACACACACAAUCCCAGGCUCGAGGCUGAAUAAUCUGGAGGCUGAGUCCCUGGAGGUCCACAUGCAGCUUCCCUGGAGGGCAGGCAGGAGGCGCUCCCGCCCCUGGGCUUGGGGAUGCCACACCCUGGGGGCUUCCAGGCCGGUCAGAUGCUGCCUUCGGGCCUUUCCCUCAGCGACCAUCCUCCACAGAUACUGACCAGCAAUGAUAGACUCUUCUUAACCCUUUCAAAAGAAGAAGUUUUUCAGUGGGACAGAAAGGAGAGUAAAAAAAAAUUUUUUUAAGGUGGUAACAUCUGACCCACAAGGGGAUGGGUCUGUUUUACGUGAAAUAAAAGUUUUUCAAAGAAA